UCUUGAAUACAGUAAGCCAACGUUAACGACGGCAACGGAGAGGGAAAUCGCGACAAAUUGAGCUCAGACCGCCAUACGAGGUCAACCGACUGCGGAAACCCGGGCAAUACAGACCGAAGGAUUACAUCUAGUGUUGUUAUCGAUCAAUGCCGUCUCGUUGUUGGUGUCAUAAUCUCUACAGGGCUGAUGAAGUUAUUUCGGAGACUGCGCGUGCUAAACUGUAUCCAGCCGAUAUCUCUUAGUUUAAAAGGACUGCCUGUUUUAACUAUUAACCAUAGCUGUUCUUGAGACGCUUUCUGGGGUUCUUAUUUGUUAUUGAACCCCGACGAGAUUGCUCUCCAGUUGUUCUGAUCUUUGGGGAUGGGAGCUGGCUCACUUACUGAAAGAGCUUAUUGAACGGACUCGUUUAUUCUGAGCGCGUGCAGGGCAACAUUUUAUGGAUACAGUAUUCAUAUGGAUUGCAGUAGAAUCUCGCUAUUGAUAUGGAGUUUAAUAUAAUCUGCCUGGACAGUCCUAGAUCACUGUAUUGUUUAUAGCUCGACGGCUUUGAAUGAACUAUCACCAGUGGACAUUUGUCUAUUUCUCAAUCAUUCAGCCUGAGGACUACAAACUGGCAUUGGAUUUGUGCAUUGGCAUGUCACUGAAUCUGUGACAUGGAUUUGUUUUACUGACUAUUGAUCAAUAGUGUAUUGAAGGAAACUUGAAUGCAAAAACGCUUGGAUUUUGUGGUAAAGGACAGCAGAUUGAAAACAUGGGACCUGCAACAAAGCUGGCGUUUGGAGUGUUCCUCAUCUCUUGCUCCUCAGGUGCCAUCCUCGGCCGCUCAGAGACACAAAAAUGUGUUUUCUUCAACUAUAACCCCAGUUUGGAGAACCGAGGAAACCACAGCGGUAUUGAGUCUUGUGUGGGAGACAAGGACAAGAGACUUCAUUGCUAUUCAACUUGGCGAAAUGUGUCAGGAUUGAUUGAAAUAGUAAGGCAAGGCUGCUGGCUGGAUGACGUUAACUGCUAUGACAGUUCAGAGUGCGUGGAGAAGAAGGAGGACCCUGAUGUAUUCUUCUGCUGCUGUGAAGGCAAUAUGUGCAACGAGAAGUUCUUCUACAACCCUUACACACAGCUAGUUCAGACAACGUCUAACCCCAUUACCCAGAAGCCCCCUCUGUUCAGCAAUCUUCUUUACUCCAUCGUGCCUAUCAUGGGCAUUGCUGCUAUUGUCCUCCUCUCCUUUUGGAUGUAUCGCCAUCACAAGCUGGCAUAUCCUCCUGUUCUGGUUCCCACCCAGGACCCUGGACCCAUGCCACCAUCUCCCACCUUGGUCCAGAAGCCACUGCAGUUGUUGGAAAUCAAAGCUAGGGGGCGGUUUGGCUGUGUGUGGAAGGCUAAGCUGCUCAAUGACUAUGUGGCAGUGAAGAUCUUCCCCAUUCAGGACAAGCUGUCUUGGCAGAACGAGUAUGACAUUUACAAUCUCCCCGGCAUGAGGCAUGAGAAUCUUCUGCAUUUUAUCAGUGCCGAGAAGAGGGGAAUCAACCUGGACAUUGAACUGUGGCUCAUCACGGCUUACCAUGAGAAGGGCUCACUGACAGACUAUCUAAAGGCAAAUGUAGUGACGUGGAAUGAUCUGUGUCACAUUGCUCAGACCAUGGCUCGAGGCCUGGCUUUCCUGCAUGCCGACAUCCCAGGACACAGAGAUGGCCACAAAACAGCAAUCGCACACAGGGAUAUUAAGAGCAAGAAUGUGCUACUGAAGGCAAACCUGUCAGCCUGUAUAGCGGACUUUGGUCUGGCUCUGAAAUUUGAGGCAGGAAAGUCAGCUGGGGACACACAUGGGCAGGUGGGAACAAGGCGUUACAUGGCCCCAGAGGUGUUGGAGGGGGCCAUCAACUUCCAGCGGGACUCUUUCCUCAGGAUAGACAUGUAUGCAGUGGGGCUGGUGCUGUGGGAGCUAGCAUCUCGCUGCACUGCAUCUGAUGGUCCAGUUGAUGAAUACAUGCUCCCAUUUGAGGAGGAGGUGGGGCAGCAUCCCACACUGGAGGACAUGCAGGAGGUGGUGGUCCAUAAAAAGCUUCGCCCCACUCUUAGGGAGUGCUGGCAGAAACAUCUGGGUCUGGCAGUGCUGUGUGAGACUAUAGAGGAGUGUUGGGACCACGAGGCAGAGGCACGUCUCUCCGCAGGCUGUGUCGAGGAACGUGUGGUCCAAAUGCGGCGUCAGACAAGCAUCUCCGCCCCAGAGGAUAUAGUCACUGUUGUAACCAUGGUGACCAACGUAGACUUUAGCCCUAAGGAGUACAGUCUAUGACUAGAGGAUAUCGGCGUGUGAAUUGCAGGCCGACUGUACAGAAAAGAUGCAUCUAGGAUGGUGAACUGCAGUUUCAGACAUGUCCUGUACUCACGGCUGGAACAAUGCCGACUAUGAAUUCUGCAACGAAUCUGAGUACAAUAAAGGUUUACCUGGAGCCAGCUGUUAAUGUAUGUGUGUAUAUAAAACUACCGCAAUGGGGUGCCCUGGUAAGAAUGGAUGUAUUGUAAUCCACUACAAGGAAUACAAUCCACUACACUGAAUAAAAAACAAACCUCUUCUUUGGCGUUUCUCUGUUUGGAGAAGGAUCUUUCCCUGUUGAAGGAGAAAAUCAGACUCCUCCGAAUGGAGCUCAUGUCAUUUUAGUAUAAAAAAGGGCAACAUACAAAAGACACAUUUAAUGUGUUUGUAUGAAUGACUAUUGUAAUGCCAAUAAGCUUCUUGAAUGUGUAGUGUGACGCUGCUGUACAGAUAUCAACAGAAAGGGUGACGAUAAAAUCCAAAUCAACACUUGUUUUUCAGAUAACCACCAACCUCUCGACAAGGUAUACCUCAGUUUCUCAUCCUAAUAAUAUGUUUGUUUUGUAACACAAUAUUAUAUAAAAAAGAGGCUUUUCAAUGACCUCGUUUGGCGUGGAAGCUUUUUAAAUAUGGGGAACCAUUUUUAUAUGACAGAUUAUGCCAAGAAACGAUGGCCAUUCAUAAACCAGUGUUCUGCCUUCUUUCUUUUAGUUGAUGUUCUUUGUGUUGCCCUGCUGUUUCAAAUGUGAUAUUUUGUUUUUCAGCAUUGUGACCGUGUGUUUGUUGAAUCGACUUUUUGACCUUUAUUGAGACUUGUUGAGAAGAAGAAAAAUCCCUGAAAAUAUGAAUUUUGUGAAAAUAAUACAGAAGCACUUACCAAUAUAGGUUUGCGGUGUCCUCACAACAUUGACGUAUUUGCAUGCCUUGUUUUCUUUUCUCCAUUUCUUUACUUUUUUUUUUUUUUUACUUUUUUUUGCAUUAGUCAUGUGGAAGUUGUGCAUGAAAUCUCAUUAGCUGUUAUGGAAAAGCCCUUGUAUUCAUUAUUCAUUGAGCUAAAAUAUUUCCUGGCUUCAGGGUGUCACUUUUUUUUUGUUUAAUUUCCAUUUAAUUUGUCAAAUCCUGGUCUUCUGCGAUCACUGUCCGCUUUUGAAAUGCUGCGAGUAGAAGAUACCCUCAAGCACUCCACUAGAACCAGCCACAUCAUGAAGCCAAACCUCACGAGUGACAUUGCAAAACUGGUUUCAGAUCAGCAGCCAGACAUCUGUCCACACACAUCAACAAAAACUGUAUCUCAAGAUGUCUCAGGAGGCGUUUCCCUUUGCUUUGAGCCAUUCUGGUGACCCUUGUUUUAUUAUGUAUGCAAGGGUCCUUGAUACACCUUAGUGUGGUCAUAAUAUGUGCACUAACAUCACUAGCAGGGACUGUUUCACAGCUCAAAGACCACUUUCAGUAUGGUAAAAUACAAGCACCUAGCAAAUUGCUGAAAAGACCCUAAACAUACAUUGUGAACUAAAGUCAACAUCAGGAUUAUGGCACUACUAUGCAUAUGUUAUGAUGCCUAGUUGUCUGAGAGAUUUAAGCUAUUAAUAAGCUGUUAUGGGGACCGGACAUUUAGGUCCCUUUCAAUGAAAGCUCUUUCUCUACUGUAGCACUCUAAUCAGCCUGUUCUGUUUAUAUUUAAUCUGAUUGUUUCCGCUGUCCAGAGGCUUUGAGGAUGAUACAGUAAAAUAAGGUUAUGUGCUAUCUUUCAAUGGUAGAAUGAGAGCAUUCACCUCAUCUCCACGCACACUUUGUGACAGUGGUCCUGUUCCAAAUGGCGCACUUGAUGUGAUCCAUUGAACUUAAGAUUGCCACCACAUUUGCUUGACCAUAAAAAAGACCAUAUGAUGUCACAUUUGUCAUUUUAUGCUUCAGAAGUAUGCUCAUCAGCACCCCUUUGGGGCUGCUAUGUGCCCUCAAUGUGCCGUUUCGCAGAACCCAUGCUGAUUCCACUUGAUCCCACAGCAGACUACUACACGACAGUUUAAGGCUUGGGUAUACUUAGUUUUUCUGUGUGCCAUGAUGUCUUUUGCACAGUUGAGUGUUCUAGCCUUUCAAAGGUUUCUCUUUUGACCACAAGCGGUUUGACUAGUCUUUUGUGAAACUUACUGCUUUCAAAUAUGCAUACUUCCCCCACUCUAUAGUAUCCCAAAAUCAGUAUGACGAUUGAGUAUUAUAUCCAAAUCCUCAGUAUUCAAGAAAUACCCUGAUGACCUACUACAUUGGGCAAGAUUCUGAAGUACGCGUCAAACUCAUAAUGUAUCUGGAGUUGAGGGGACGUCAGAUUCAAUAUUCUGAAUUAAAAAAAAAAAAGUUCUCAUCAAUUGUAAGUGCUAUAUAUAGUGUGUGUAUAUAGUAUAUACUGUAUAUACCAAGAACGUUUUUUCUAGAUGUUAAAUUGUACUUGUUUAUGAAAACCAGAAUAUGUUAUUUUCACAGUCGUUGUUACUACGUUUUAUAUUCAGUCAUGGGACAAUGCCCAUGCUCCGGAUAAAGUAUGCCUGGGAAUGUAUUCAUACUACUCACCUGCAUACCUCAAGGACGAGAUGUACAUACUUCAUCAAAUGCAGUACGUUCUCUGACAGUGCGUGAAUACGGCGCAGCUACCCUUUGGUACAGUCAGUUCCAGGUGCAUGCGCAGACAACGUGCACAGAUGUGCACUGUCUACUUGUCUAGAAAAACUUGGCUGAAUGCAAUCUGUUUGCAUGUACUGUACCUAUAACUACAUUUCUGUUAAGCACACUGUGCACAAGACUUAAUGGCACAUAGAAAAAUGAAGUAUACUUUGCCCUUUAGACGGCAUUGUUUCAAAGCGUGGACACAGAAAAUGGCCACAAGGGCUUUGGGUGGAAUUUGGGACACUGUCUUUGACUCUGCAGAUGCAGAAUUGAACUCUUCAAGAAAAACACAUAGAUACUUUGGUUCAGUCAAAUGGCUACGAGACCGAGCCAAAGGUCUCGUUCUGGUUUAUUUGCAGACAGGGUUAGGACAAGUGACAGUUCACAUUUGCUCUUUAACAUCCCGGUUCGAGAGCCUCUCUUCAUAGUCCUAUUCAGGGAGGUUCGUGUGUCAGUUUUUGCAAUUCACCUUUGACUCUAAACACUAAUGAAGUUUCACUAAACGUGAGGAAUUGCUGCGGGCUUGUAUAUGGUUUUCACCAGGUGCUGUCCUGUUCCCCCGACUGUUCUCAAAGUCUGUUUUUCUCACUAACAUGAAUCUGGUCUAAAGGAAGUUGAAUAAGGACACACCCCUCAGAAGAAAAGCCAAACUUAUAAGCCCCACAUACACUAGAAGACUCGAUUGAAAAUGCACAGUAUGUACAUAUGAAUGUUGUAUUAGAUUGUGAAAAGAGGUUUUUUUUUAUUAUUAUCGUCUCAAAGUAAAAAAAAAAAAAAAAAAAAAA